AAUUGUUUUUCUGUUCUUUCUUGAUGAUUGCGCAAGAUUCUCAAGUGGCAAAAGGUACGCCGGCUAAAAUUACACCCGUGGAAGAUCUAGUGCCAAAAGAAGAAGCACCAAUUAUCGAGCCAAUAAAACCAAAACCAGAACCAGGACGACCAGGAAGCAGAACUGGAAACUCCUGCAGAGUUUGCCUCAAGGCCUUCAAACCCGAUGAUUUCUCACGUACCUGUUAUGAAUGUCACCUCAAGGUUUGCGAUGAUUGCGCCUCUUAUUCAGAAACAAAAGACUUAGAUGAUCCAUCAACGUGGCGGUGUAGCAUUUGUCGGCGUAAAAUAGCGUCACGUGGGCAACCAAUUGUAACCCAAGAAUCAACAGACUCAUUACUAGAAGUGCCAGUACUCGAAGCAUUACAAAGACGUCACAGCGAUGCAAGGCUAAGUUGUCAAAGCGGCGGUCCAGCGGCAACUCUUGGGAGCGGUUUGGCGCCACCGCGGAGCCCGGAACUGAGAAGACACUCAGAUGUGUCGCCCGCGAGCCUCAAAGAGCUCGAAAAGUUUCGAAAGGUUGCAGGAGAACGCCGCGAGGAGCUCAGAUGGGAGCGUGAGCUCGAGUGGAGAAGUAAAUCCCGCAGUGGGUCACCUGAGAGGCAUUCCAAUGAUCGUGGACGACCUACUAGUCCAUCGAGGACUGUUAAAACUCCUUCUAUUGAACAAGAGGGAGACAUCGGGGAGGAUGAAGAUGAAAGACGAAGACGCGCAGUCCGCAGAAGUGGCGGUACAGUUAGACGAAAAUCCCGGGUAACAAGACAGCACUCGUACGACGAUGAAAUUAAAUCAGGCGGAACCCUGAGCAGCGCUGGAGGAGGUGGAGGAGGUGGAGGAGGUGGAGGAGGUGGAGGCGGCGGGGGUGGUCAAACGGGCCAUAAUGAACCCGGGCUGGGUCUUCCGGUCCAGUUGCCACGUAGAGCGUCGGCUUACGAUGUGUACGCGACACCCGGAAGCGGAGGCCUCAACGCCAUGGCAAUCGCCGCUGCUCAGCAACGAGCCUCUAUUUCUGCACAAGUAUGUACUUAUGAAUUUAAGCAUACUGCGCUCGAGAGCCCGAAGAACGACCGC